GUGGAGCUGCCGGGCUCCCUCGCUUUUCUUCACAUGGGGCUCGCCCUGCGGGCGGGACAGCGCUCCUGCUCUCCCGCCGACCGCUGAGAGGGACCCGGCGCGGGCGGAGGGGUCUCGCCGCCACCGGCGGGCAGAACAAGGAAUGAAGAAAAUGAGCAACAUCUAUGAAUCAGCAGCCAAUACCCUGGGAAUUUUUAACAGCCCAUGCCUGACUAAAGUGGAAUUGCGAGUUGCAUGCAAAGGCAUAUCAGACAGGGAUGCCCUCUCAAAACCAGAUCCUUGUGUCAUCCUUAAAAUGCAGUCGCACGGCCAGUGGUUUGAGGUUGACAGGACAGAAGUGAUUCGGACCUGUAUAAAUCCUGUCUUCUCCAAGCUGUUCACAGUGGACUUCUAUUUUGAAGAAGUGCAGCGACUGCGAUUUGAAGUGCAUGACAUUAGCAGCAACCACAAUGGGCUGAAGGAAGCGGAUUUUCUUGGUGGCAUGGAGUGCACUCUUGGACAAAUUGUUUCUCAGAGGAAACUCUCCAAGUCCUUACUCAAACAUGGCAACACAGCAGGAAAGUCAUCUAUAACAGUGAUCGCUGAGGAAUUGUCUGGCAAUGAUGACUACGUUGAACUUUCAUUCAGCGCACGGAAAUUGGAUGACAAGGAUUUUUUCAGCAAAUCUGAUCCUUUCCUGGAGAUUUUUCGCGUGAAUGAUGAUGCAACCCAGCAACUUGUUCAUAGAACUGAGGUUGUGAUGAAUAACUUAAAUCCAGCAUGGAAGACCUUCAAAGUGUCUGUAAAUUCUCUGUGCAGUGGAGACCAAGACCGCAGGCUAAAGUGCAUAGUUUGGGACUGGGAUUCCAAUGGAAAGCAUGACUUCAUUGGAGAAUUUAGCUCAACUUUCAAGGAAAUGCGAGGAGCUAUGGAAGGAAGACAGGUACAAUGGGAAUGCAUUAACCCCAAGUACAAAGCAAAGAAGAAGAAUUACAAGAACUCAGGCAUUGUCAUCCUUAACCAGUGCAAGAUCCACAAGAUGCAUUCUUUCUUAGAUUAUAUCAUGGGAGGCUGCCAAAUACAGUUCACAGUAGCUAUAGAUUUCACUGCAUCAAAUGGUGAUCCUAGGAACAGCUGCUCACUGCACUACAUCCACCCCUAUCAACCCAAUGAGUAUUUGAAAGCACUGGUAGCUGUUGGGGAGAUUUGCCAAGACUAUGACAGUGACAAAAUGUUCCCAGCCUUUGGAUUUGGAGCAAGAAUACCCCCAGAAUACAAAGUCUCUCAUGACUUUGCAAUCAAUUUCAAUGAAGACAACCCAGAAUGUGCAGGAAUACAAGGUGUUGUGGAGGCUUAUCAGAGCUGCCUUCCCAAGCUGCAGCUGUAUGGGCCAACAAACAUUGCUCCCAUCAUCCAGAAAGUGGCAAAAUCAGCAUCAGAGGAGACCAACACCAAGGAGGCCUCGCAAUACUUCAUCUUGCUGAUUCUGACGGAUGGUGUCAUCACAGACAUGGCCGACACCAGAGAGGCCAUUGUCCAUGCCUCCCACCUUCCCAUGUCAGUCAUCAUUGUCGGGGUGGGGAACGCUGAUUUUAGUGACAUGCAGAUGCUGGAUGGUGAUGAUGGGAUCUUGAGGUCUCCCAAGGGCGAGCCUGUGCUUCGAGACAUUGUCCAGUUUGUGCCAUUUAGGAACUUCAAACAUGCAUCCCCAGCUGCUCUAGCAAAAAGCGUUUUGGCUGAAGUUCCAAACCAAGUCGUGGAUUAUUACAAUGGCAAAGGGAUAAAACCAAAAUGUAUGUCAGAGUACGAGUCUUCCAGGACACUAGCUCCAUGAACCUGCCUGCACUCUUUUACAAAAUUAAAAAAGAAAAAUGCUACCGUCUACAACUCCUGUACUUAAAAAUGAAACAAAACAAAAAAAUAGCACGUUUUGGUGAUUUUUAACUAAAAUAACCUUUUUCUUUUUUUUUUGCAUGUGUAGCCUAAAGGCUUAAAUCUGUUAAGCGGUUGUAUUGUUGAAAACUUUUUAUGAGAAAAAAAAUCCCGAAAAAAAAAGUGAACUCUUUACAUUACAGCAUGUCGCCUUGAAAUAAAAAGUUAUCUGUAUCUGGUUUUUAUACAGGUUUGUUGAAAUUUUGCUAUAUUUCUUAUCUUUACACUGUAAAGCAUUUUGAAAUAUUUAUUGAGAGUCAUAGACAAAAUGUCUUUGGUUUAAUCUGCUAAGAACUGAGAGAUUUUUCAAAAUGGCAGAUGCAUGAACUGUAUUUUGCAUGUUUAAAAUAAAAACAACACAGUUUUGCAGUUGUCUUUA